AUGGACUGGGCCACCACCCUGUUCGAGCGGUACGUCUCGGCGUAUCCGUACAGGCCCGGAGAGGCGGGUUUCGACUACGAAGAGUACCUUGAUACAGAUGCGGUUGAUUUCGGGUGGCUGGGCGAGCCGUGGACGUUGAGGGAGCUUGCGGAUGUGGUUGGGACGACGGGUGACUAUCCCGAACAGCGAGCGAACAUUGAAGCAAUAAUCCGGUACUAUGAGGCGGGUGGACGACUUCCUAAAGCUGGUGUAGAAGUUCUGUACUGCUUUGACGGCGAGAACGUCAAGGUGGGAUCACACGAGGACCUUACCCAUGAACAUGUAGCACGGAAGGCAGUCGGCUGGGUGGAUGCUGGCCAAACCAAAAAGGACGUCGAUUCGUCGCCGAGUACCAUUGAGGCAGCUGCCCCAGGCUACUUGCAAAUGGCCGAGUCAGUGGCUUGCCCAGUUGAUGCGGCUUCUCGAAUGCAUACCCCCUUAGCGCAAUUUCGCAUUCCGUACCAGUAUGGAGGAGACGAGACGAUUGUCAUCAAUGCCACGAUAUGCAACGACACCGGCUCGCGGAUCCGGACUAUAUACGAGCACGACUUCAACCUCCUAAACGGACCUCCUGCUAGCCGCCAUACUUUUCCCCCGCAGCCUCUUCCAAUCAAUACUCCCAACGGCGUCGCCAUGGCGCCAACUGUUUCCAUGCUGAUCGCAUUAUUAAGCGCGAUCAAAGUGGGGCGAUCAAGGCCUUGA